AUGGCACGCGCUCCCCCGCCCCCCAGCGACAUCCCGCGGAACCUGAGCUACAUUGCGGGGCUGUACGAACGGGCGUACUACCGCACGGUCCGGCCCAGCCUGGGUGACGACUCCGACUCCGAGGCUGAGGGGCGAACCCGGGGGGCCCGGCCAAGGGGACGCCAGAGCCACACGGGUGCCAGGGGUGAACGCCGGCGCCGCAGGGCCCGAUCUGCCCCGGCUGGGGGCCCCGGUGGAGGAUCCCGCAGCUGCAGCCCCGGCUCCCGCAAGCGUGUGCGCUUCGCCGAUGCCCUGGGGCUGGAGCUGGCCAGCGUGAGGCGCUACUGGCCGGCCGAGCUGCCCCAGGUCCCUGAGCGCGUCCACACCCAGCUCCGGCGCGACGCCCUGCGCCACUUUGCCCCGCUGCGCCCCUUCCAGGACCCCCAGGACCCGCUGGCGGGGCGCCUGCUGCUGGCACCAUGUUUCUGGGACCCGCUGGGGCUGCCGGACUUCGGGGCACGGCUGGGGGCACAGGGCGUGUGUCUGGAGGGGGUGCGGGCCAGGGGGCUGGGGGUGGCGGGGACCCUGCGGGUUCUCAACCUGGCCUAUGAGAAGCGGGUCAGCGUCCGCUACAGCUGGGACGGCUGGGCCAGCUACCGGGAGGCCCCCGCUGCCUACGUCGGGCCCUCCACUGGCCCCCCCUCCGACCGCUUCGCUUUCUGCCUGCCCCUGCCCCCUGGGGGCACCCUGGAGUUCGCCCUGCGCUGCCACGUGGGGGGCCAGGAGCUGUGGGACAACAACGCAGGGCAGAACUACAUCCUGCGGGGUGGGGGGCAGGCCGAGGGGCCCCCCAGUCCCCCGCAGGAUGGAGACGGGGGCUGGAUCCACUUCCUGUAG